CACCUCACUUUUAUCUUCAUAUAUUUUUUUAUCCCAACACAAGAGCCAUCGUAAGACAGCAUGGCUACCGCCAAUAACGGGCUCGUGCCCAACGCCACUGACCUGGAGCGCCAGCCACUGCUCAACAGUCAGAGCAGCAACCAGGCAAGAUCCCAUAUCCCUUCAGCACUCGGUCGCCCGUCUGAACAGCAUCAGCGUCAAAAAUCGGUUCGAAAAUGUUGGAGGAUUGGUGUCCUUGCCAUCCUCCUUGCGUUGCUUGGGUUCUUUGUUAUGGGCGUGUACGAUCUUAUCGCUGGACGUGUUGGGAACCCCCGCUACAGCCACCUUAACGGUUCUUGCGACCAUGUCCGUCCCAUCAGUCCUGCCGAGUUUGAGGAGCGUCAGGCCAACCUCUCAAGUCUCUUGGUCGAUCUGAAAGCAACCGCGUACAUUGCAGAGCCGGGUAGCAACAUGAAGUAUUUCACAAACAUUCGUUGGUCUCAGUCUGAGCGCCCCUUCCUUUUGGUGAUACAAGCAAAGCGCGAUAAUACCGAUCGAGUGUUGACAAAGGCGACGAUCGUUGCACCCGCUUUUGAAGCAUCGCGUGCUCGGCAGGGCUUGCUUCCUGGAUCGAGCAUCUCGAUCAAGACCUGGGAGGAAGGUGGUUCUGCCUACAAGGUUGUGCGCGAGGUGCUUGAAACCCCUUGGGUUGGCCCGGAUGACGAUGACGAGAAAAAUGAUGCUGAUGUCCAGGGCGAUAAGAAGGAGAAGCCCAAGGAGAUGGAGCAAAUCUAUAUCGAUCCCGACAUGCGCCAGUUUGUUUCCCACGGUCUCUAUACUGCACUGGAGAGUUCAACACGUAAACUCUCAAUUGCAAACCGGGAUAUUAGUUUGUUGAGAAUGCAAAAGACGGCCCACGAGAUCGAGAUCCUUCGCUGUGUCUCCACGACAACCGUCAAUGUCAUUCGAGCGAUCAAGGGCGACAUCACGGUGGGCAUCCGUGAAUCCGAAGUCCAGGAGCUGCUGACAGAGGCGUACCAACAGGCAGGUCUUGAGUACGAACAUGGCAACAGUUUAGUCCUGUUUGGCAAAGACGCGGCUCUUCCUCAUGGAAGCGGCAAUGACACGAGCCUUGAGAAGGGCAUGAUGGUUCUGAUCGACUCUGGUGCGCGACUUCACGGUUACCUCUCGGAUAUUACACGAACGUUCUGGAUCAAGCGUGGCGAUAGCAAGGAUAUGAACGAUGAGCUCGAUAAGGUCUGGGAUAUUGUCAAAAAUGCGCAGCAGGCGGCGUUACAUACCGUUCGCCCUGGUGCCUCAUGUGCGUCGGUCGACAAGGCCGCUCGAUCACUUAUUGCCUCUGAGGGCUACGGGAUUAGGUUCACUCAUCGAUUGGGCCAUGGGCUUGGCUUGGAUGGCCAUGAAGACCCGUAUUUAAACAUUGGUAACACCGACACAGCACUCCGUCCAGGCAUGGUCUUUACCAAUGAGCCCGGGAUCUAUGUCGAGGGCUCGUUCGGGAUCCGUCUGGAGGACGUGGUGCUGGUGACCGAGAACGGCUACGAGAUCCUGAGCGGCGACUUGGCGGAGUCUGCUUACGAUCCCUGAGAGGUUUAACCCUACAACCCUACAUACCGCACAUGCAAUAAAAGAAAGACGAU